AACACUCACAUCCUCAGACCAAAUGCGCCGUUGAGAGGUCGGGCCUAUUUAGGGCUUUCUUAAGUUAGAAUUUAAACCGUUGGGACACAGCAAAAACAUGGGCCUUUAGCUACACACAAUCUUGAAUGGUAAUCUGUGUGUUUGAUUAAGUAGGUUUUGUGUCGUCGCAGUGAGAACGCAGCUCUUCGUUUUCGCGGCCGUUGCGGAGGGAGAUUGUUAUGACAUUCUCUUUGUCUCUCGCUGCACAAACCCGAGACUAUAUUUCUCGCUGAAAGAGCCUCUUUCAGCGAUCGGUGCAAAUCUAGCUAUUCGUUACGACCUUAUUCUAAAUACUGCUUUUCGCCGACCUGUUCAAGGGGUUGGAACAUGUCGUUACACGGUAAACGAAAAGAGAUUUACAAAUACGAGGCGCCAUGGACCGUCUAUGCCAUGAACUGGAGCGUCAGACCCGACAAACGCUUUAGGCUGGCGCUCGGCAGUUUCGUCGAGGAAUACAACAACAAGGUCCAGCUGGUGGGUCUUGAGGAGGAGAGCUCAGAGUUUGUAUGCAGGAACACUUUCGAUCAUCCAUACCCCACCACCAAGAUCAUGUGGAUCCCCGACACCAAGGGCGUCUAUCCAGACCUGCUGGCCACCAGCGGAGACUAUCUGCGCAUAUGGAGGGUGAAUGACACGGAGACUCGUCUGGAGUGUCUCCUGAAUAAUAACAAGAACUCUGAUUUCUGCGCACCUCUGACCUCUUUUGACUGGAAUGAAGUGGACCCCAAUCUUCUGGGCACCUCUAGUAUUGAUACCACCUGCACGAUCUGGGGUUUAGAGACAGGACAGGUUCUGGGAAGGGUCAACCUGGUGUCAGGCCAUGUCAAAACACAGCUAAUCGCUCACGACAAGGAAGUGUAUGACAUCGCAUUCAGCCGUGCGGGUGGCGGUCGGGAUAUGUUUGCGUCUGUGGGAGCCGACGGAUCUGUGCGCAUGUUUGAUCUGCGGCACCUGGAGCACAGCACCAUCAUCUAUGAGGACCCUCAACACCACCCGCUGCUGCGCCUGUGCUGGAACAAACAGGACCCCAACUACUUGGCUACUAUGGCCAUGGAUGGCAUGGAGGUGGUGAUUCUGGACGUGCGUGUGCCGUGCACGCCAGUGGCUCGGCUCAAUAAUCAUCGUGCCUGUGUGAACGGUAUCGCAUGGGCGCCACACUCCUCCUGCCACAUAUGUACAGCAGUAGCGGACGAUCACCAGGCUUUGAUUUGGGACAUCCAGCAGAUGCCGCGGGCCAUCGAGGACCCCAUCCUGGCCUACACGGCCGAGGGAGAGAUCAACAACGUACAGUGGGCCUCCACUCAGCCCGACUGGAUCGCCAUUUGCUACAACAACUGUCUGGAGAUCCUGAGGGUGUAGAGCCGAGGCUUAAAGUGCCCCUGUGCUUCCUGUGGGGG